GCCACGCCGCGCGCAGCCUGGCCAUCGGCAGCGACUCGCCGGCCAGGCUUUACGUGUUUACAGUGUCAGUGCAGUGCGUCCGUGGUUGACUGGAUAGCGGUGCCGGCUGCUGCGGCUACAGUGUAGGCCUCAGGUGGAGGGCCAUGGCGCGCGCUUGGGUGCUCGCGCUGGCCGCCCUGGUCCUGGCCCUGGCCGUGCUGGUGGGGCCCGGCUCGGCCGCCGGCCCCGCGGACGCGGACGCCUCGUGCCAGCCGGACAAGCUGACGGUGUACAAGAUGGUGAUGCACACCUUCUGGUCCAGGGACCGCUUCCCCAAGCACUACCCGGAUUGGAGACCGCCCGCGCAAUGGAGCAAAGUCAUAGGCCGGUCGCACGAUGCGAGCUACAGCCUGUUCCGCCUGGGGCAGCCCGCCAGCGCCGGCGUGCGCGCCAUGGCCGAGUCCGGCCACGCCGAGGUCCUGGAGGACGAGAACCAGGGCGUCGCCGGCGUCUUCGACGAGUUCAACGCGCCGCCGGUGCACUCCGGCGCCGGCUGGACGCAGGCCGAGUUCUUCGUCGACGGCAACCACUCACGGGUGUCGCUCAUGUCCCGCAUCGUGCCCUCGCCGGACUGGUUCGUGGGCAUUGACAGCUUCGACCUCUGCGUGGACGGCGGCUGGAUCGACACCAUCACCAUCGAGGUGGACCCGCUGGACGCGGGCACGGACAACGGCUUCACCUUCACGGCGCCCAACUGGCCCACCGAGCCGCAGGGCGUGGUGUACCGCAUCACCAGCAGCCACCCGCAGCACCCCGCCGGCUCCUUCUACUACCCGUUCCUCAAGCGGCUGCCCGCCAUCGCCACCUUCCAGUUCAUCAAGGUCAAGGAGUACGAGCUCUCCGAGGUGUUCCGCCACUCCGAGGACAGCCAGCACUUCGACGUAUUCCGCGCGGAGCCGGCCGCGCCGCACCCCAACAGCAUCCCGGUCCUGGGCGCGGACGGCGCCGACGGCGUUCAGCAGGAGAUCGAGGAGCAGCGCCUGGAGGAGGAGCGGCGCCUGCAGCAGCAGGAGCUCACCACGCUGGGGUGGCCGCUGGCGUCCGGGACUCGGAGAGCCACGGUGGUCCCCGCCGGCGACAAGACGGCCGUCGUCAACUCGAUCCUCAACACGUACGGGCCGUGGGGCGUGGGCCAGGGCCAGGGCCAGGGCCAGGGCCCCAGCUACAGCCUGACGGCCAGCCCCAGCCACGCCAGCGCGGCCAGCACCACGACCAGCCCUGCCAGUGUGGCGCCGACGACGACGCCGCCGCCCCGCAGCCAGCGCCGCAAGCACAAGACCGUGCGGAAGAUAAGGGCGCCGCGGGACUGCCGCGUCGGGGAGUGGGGGCCGUGGAGCGAGUGCUCCAAGUCCUGCGGCAUCGGCGAGAUGCAGCGGCGCCGCACGGUGGUCAAGCACCCGCGCAGGGGCGGCCGCGUGUGCCCGCCACUGCUGGAGACCAAGUGGUGCGGCUCGGCCCGGGACUGCGCCAAGAGCUACUUCAAGUGGUGAAGGAGGAGGGCCGCGGCAGUGCACGGCAGGUGCCUGACUUGAUACAAGGGUUCAGGUGGAUCCUCGUCAGUCCUCACAACAUCGAUUCAUCGAUACACCGACACCGCAAGGGGAAGUCGAACUCAGGUCCGCCCUCACCGGGACGCUGAUUUCGCUGGCAGAGGAGGACAGUCAUAUCGAUGCAUUUGAAGUCAAAUGGCGGAAGGGUCUGCAAGACAAAUCGAUAAUGCGAGCACACAUUAUUUUUCUAUCUACUGUUGUUAGACGAUUUUGAGAGUGCAGCUGUCAGAUACCGUUGGUCUGACACAUAGUCAAAGUGCACAUUGAUCACUGUUUACUUAUAUAUACUUGGUGGAUUCAAUCCUAUGUCCUUAGAUUUAUUUACUUUUUUAUUUCCCUUUCUCUUUGGAAAAAGUUGUCAGAAUGAAACACUAAUGUUACUUCUUAUUAAUGUGUUUCAGUCACAUUUAAAACUGCCACCUAAAAGCAUUUAAGGACCGAAGUAUUUUUACUGGUUUUGAUUUUGUUCAGAUUUUUGUGAAUGUUUUCUUUCAUUGUGCAUAUGAGUAGAAUAAUGUAGCAAAGGUUGUGUUUGUAAUGGAGAGUCGUACAGUUCUGUUUUUGUUUUGUAGUAAGUUUAAAUUUAUUUUUUUGUUUCUGGAAUUGUCUUCCUCACUUUUAUAGAAACAAGACCUUUAAAAAAUGAAGAGAAAAGAAAAUUAUCAGUUUUGAAAGUCGCAUUUUGGAUUAUUGUGCCCUAUCAAAAUUUUAUUGCAUGUUAUACCUGUAAACCAAAAAAAAAAGGUAUUAAGUACAAAAGGGUUGCUUCCUGCAUACCCUCUCACGGCAGUAUUCACUUGUAUUUUAUUCUGUCAUGUACUGACUCAAACCUAUCAAAUACUGUGAAGUACAAGGAAAACUGCAGAAAAUGGGUACUAUAGGACAUUUCCUCCCAAAAGCUUGUAUAGAAGAAAGUCAUUUUGGGCUUACAUCAUUGUAUAUACAUCAGUCUACGCUAAACCUUAUUGUGUUAGCUUAUAGAGAAGUAUUUAUUAAAUUCAUUCCUAAUUUGCCCAUUCAUUUUCCAAUAUGAUUAGCAAAAGCAUUGUCAUUGUAUGUAACUACAGGACAAGUGACCAGAGUUGUUUAGAUCGUACAGCAUUUGUAUUUCAGAUAUCCUCAAAGUGGAAAUGAUUUUAGUCUUGCACAAUAUUAUAACUAAUCUCUAUGUAUGAACUUAAAGAAAAACAUGGAUUUGCUUUUCAAGGUCCAAGUUACAAGCUAGCCAAUUCAUGGCCUCUCUAGUGGGGCUUGGAGGAAUGCAAGUCACUUGGUCAUCUAUUUUUCUGUUAAGUUUAUGCACAGAGCCAGAGUUCUAUCCCUUAAUUAGGAUUGCCUUUUUCUCUUGCCUCAGCAAUCUACUCUUUCUCUGACUGACCUGAACAUAAUUUUUUAAAGCUAGUCAUUAUAAUGUCAAUCAGUAAAGUGUCUGUGUAAGUGUAUAAUUUUAGUGGUGAAAUAUUCAUAAAGUGUAGUAAUAGAAUCUA